AUGAAUCCCCUAAAGUGUGCAUUUGGAGUUACCGCGGGGAAGUUUCUUGGUUUCAUUGUUCGCUACCGUGGCAUUGAGAUUGAUCCUUCCAUGAUCAAGGCUAUAGUGGACUUGAAACCCCCUAGGAGUCUUACCCAGUUGAGGUCUUUUCAGGGUAAGCUUGCUUUCUUGCGGAGAUUUAUCUCCAAUCUUGCCGGUAGAUGUCAUCCCUUUGCUGCUCUAGCGAAGAAGGAUGCCCGUUUUUAUUGGGAUAAGAAUUGUCAGGAGGCCUUUGAGAGCAUAAAGCGCUACCUGACAAAUCCUCCUGUGUUAGCUGUACCCAUCCCUGGUAAACCGUUGAUUCUUUACACUACUGCCUUGGAUGAGUCACUUGGUGCACUUUUAGCUCAAGAGAAUGAGGAAGGCAAAGAGAAUGCAUUGUAUUACCUUAGCAGACGUUUGAUUCCUGCGGAGCUAAAAUACCCGGCAAUGGAAAAGCAGUGUUUGGCUCUGAUCUUUGCUGUGCAGAAGCUUAGACACUAUAUGCUCUCACACAAGAUCAGUUUGAUUUCUCGAGUCAACCCUUUGCAGUACCUGAUGACCCGUCCGACUUUGUCAGAUUCCUCACUUAAUGAUGAUUUGCCCGAUGAAUUAGUCAUGAGUGUGGAAGAGCAGGAGUCCCCUACUUGGGAGUUUUACUUUGAUGGAGCCUCUUCCAUCAAAUCACUACGUCCUUACGAAACUCCUAUUGUUAGGGUAGGUUUGGGGCUUAUUUUUGUGUCUCCUGAAGGCCACACCUUUCGUUACUCUUAUAAUCUUUCAGAAUCUCGUACUAAUAAUGAAACUGAGUACGAAGCCUUGAUUGUAGGACUUGAGUUAGCCAUUCAGAUGAGUAUCAUGCGGGUGAAAAUUUUCGGAGAUUCUCAAUUAAUUAUUAAUCAAGUGGCUGAAAUUUUCAACGUUCUCAAACCUGAGCUUUUGCCUUACCACGAUAGGACAAUGGAGCUCCUGUGUUUGAUCCCUGAAGUAACUUUAGUUAGAGUCCCUCGAUCUGAGAAUGGCAGAUGGGAUGCACUAGCUAAACUUGCUAAGGAGUUGGCUGACCCUACUAGAAAUCCGGUGUCGAUAGUUGUCCAGUACCGACAAGCCUUGUGUCCCGCGAACUUGUCUUCUUCCGAUCAGACCCUCGCAGUAUUCGCUGUUGAGGAAGAGUCAGAUUGGAGAGUCCCCUUUGUUGAGUACCUUAAGCGUGGUAAGCUUCUGGAUGAUCGCUCUCUUGCCGCUCAGAUUAGGAAGAGAGCUUUGUCCUUCUCCUAUGUGAACGAAACCCUGUACCGACGCUCUUUUGACCAGAUAUGA